GGUGCUUGUGUGGCCGUGCCUAGCUCUUUGUGUGUCCUGGGUUCUCAUGCUUGCACAUCGAACACUCUUACUCAUUGAGCCGUUUCCCCAGCCUCUAGCAUCAUCUUUAGUGGUGAAGUCUUGGACACAUGAUCAGGAAUAAUUAGUUCAGUGGUGGAUAUGGUCAUGAUUGAGUGUGCUGUGUUUGGAGGCAGGUUUUCUGCAGCCAAGGAUGACUGUGAACUCUAGAUUAUCCUGCCUCCACCUGUACGUACACGCCCACUGCUGGGAUUUUAUCCUGCUUCCACCUGUACGUACACGCCCACUGCUGGGAUUUUAUCCUGCUUCCACCUGUACGUACACGCCCACUGCUGGGAUUUUACAAGCACGAUGGUUUUAUGUUUUAUUAAAAGAGCAUCCAAGAAUCAAUGUAUUAUGUGCCAAGAACCUUGCAAAGAAAGACUUCUUCAGACUCCCUGACCCCUUUGCCAAGAUUGUUGUGGAUGGUUCUGGGCAGUGCCACUCAACCGACACUGUGAAAAACACCCUGGACCCAAAGUGGAACCAGCAUUAUGACCUGUACGUUGGGAAAACUGACUCUAUAACCAUCAGUGUGUGGAACCACAAGAAGAUCCACAAGAAGCAGGGCGCUGGCUUCCUGGGCUGUGUGCGGCUGCUCUCCAAUGCCAUCAGCAGAUUGAAAGACACUGGCUACCAGCGUUUGGAUCUAUGCAAACUAAAUCCCUCAGAUACUGAUGCGGUUCGUGGCCAAAUAGUGGUCAGUUUACAGACCCGAGACAGAAUAGGCAGUGGAGGGUCGGUGGUGGACUGCAGAGGACUGCUAGAAAAUGAAGGAACAGUGUAUGAAGACUCAGGCCCGGGAAGGCCACUCAGCUGCCUCAUGGAGGAGCCUGCCCCAUACACAGAUGGUACCGGUGCAGCCGCAGGUGGUGGGGACUGCAGGUUUGUGGGGUCUCCAAGCCAAGAUCAGAGACUCCAGCGACUACGAAAUCCUGAGAUUCGAGGGUCCCUACAGACGCCCCAGAACCGGCCACAUGGCCACCAGUCACCAGAGCUGCCUGAAGGCUAUGAGCAGAGGACAACAGUGCAGGGACAAGUUUACUUUUUGCACACACAGACUGGAGUCAGCACGUGGCACGACCCCAGGAUCCCCAGUCCCUUGGGGACCAUUCCGGGGGGAGAUGAAGCUUUUCUAUACGAAUUCCUUCUACAAGGCCAUACAUCCGAGCCCAGAGACCUUAACAGUGUGAACUGUGAUGAACUUGGGCCGCUGCCUCCAGGCUGGGAAGUCAGAAGUACAGUAUCGGGAAGAAUCUAUUUUGUAGAUCACAAUAAUAGGACAACCCAGUUUACAGACCCACGACUUCACCACAUCAUGAAUCACCAGUGCCAACUCAAGGAGCCCAGCCAGCCGCUGCAGUUGCCCAGCGAGGGCUCCAUGGAGGACGAGGAGCUUCCUGCCCAGAGAUACGAGAGAGAUUUAGUUCAGAAGCUCAAAGUUCUCAGGCAUGAACUCUCUCUUCAGCAACCCCAAGCGGGUCAUUGUCGAAUAGAAGUUUCCAGAGAAGAAAUAUUUGAGGAGUCAUAUCGCCAGAUCAUGAAGAUGCGCCCGAAGGACCUGAAGAAGCGUCUGAUGGUGAAGUUCCGAGGGGAGGAAGGUCUGGACUAUGGUGGAGUGGCACGGGAGUGGCUGUAUUUGUUGUGCCAUGAAAUGUUGAAUCCGUAUUAUGGACUCUUCCAGUAUUCCACAGACAAUAUUUACACACUGCAAAUCAACCCAGAUUCUUCCGUCAACCCUGACCAUUUGUCUUACUUCCACUUUGUGGGUCGCAUCAUGGGUCUGGCUGUGUUCCAUGGACACUACAUAAACGGGGGCUUCACAGUUCCAUUCUACAAGCAGCUCCUGGGAAAACCCAUCCAGCUAUCGGAUCUGGAGUCAGUGGACCCAGAACUGCACAAGAGUUUGGUGUGGAUUCUAGAGAAUGACAUCACGCCAGUGCUGGACCAUACCUUCUGUGUGGAGCACAAUGCUUUUGGGCGGAUCCUUCAGCACGAACUGAAACCCAACGGCAGAAAUGUGCCUGUCACUGAGGAAAACAAGAAGGAAUAUGUCCGGUUGUAUGUAAACUGGAGGUUUAUGAGAGGGAUUGAAGCCCAGUUCUUAGCGCUUCAGAAAGGGUUUAAUGAACUCAUUCCCCAACACUUACUGAAGCCCUUUGACCAGAAGGAACUGGAGCUGAUAAUAGGUGGGCUGGAUAAGAUAGACCUGAAUGACUGGAAGUCGAACACACGCCUGAAGCAUUGUGUGGCUGACAGCAACAUUGUGAGGUGGUUCUGGCAGGCGGUGGAGACCUUCGAUGAGGAGAGGAGGGCCAGACUCCUACAGUUUGUGACCGGAUCCACACGCGUUCCUCUCCAAGGCUUCAAGGCUCUGCAAGGCGCAGCAGGGCCUCGACUCUUCACCAUCCACCUGAUAGACGCCAACACAGACAACUUGCCCAAGGCUCAUACCUGCUUUAAUCGGAUUGACAUCCCGCCCUAUGAGUCCUAUGAGAAGCUCUAUGAGAAGUUGCUCACAGCUGUGGAGGAGACCUGUGGCUUUGCUGUGGAGUGAGGAGGGGCCAGGGGCAGCAGCGUCUCCGUCACAACCACCAGACCCAAAGCAUAUGGCGUCUGCACGCCUCCCGCAUGGCGGGCUGAGGCCUGAGAUCCCAGAAACCCGAGGGAAAAGGCUCGUCUCCCUCCUCCUUUGGGGAGGGCAGGCCAAGGACUUUCAUAGAUGGCUCCCAUCCAUUUAUCCCUCCUUUAUUAUAGUUUGCCCACCCCUCCAUCACACAUCAACUAAAACACAGCCAGGUUUUGCCCUCUGCUUCCUUGGCAUGGUGGGAAGGCUGUGGGAGCGUCAACCCACGGUCAUGGCCAAGCUGGGCCCUGAGGGUUUGCAUGGUCUCUGUACCGGCUCUCAAGAUCAGCAGCUGCCGAUAGCUUACCAAGCUCAAAUUCCAGAUGUCCUGCUAGCAGCCUGUUCAGAUAGCAGGUGGAUUUCUAUUUCUAAGCAGGAAAUAACUGCAGUGUAUGCUUGCUGGAUUCCACCCAGGCAGGAAGCUCAAGGCAGGAUGUAUUUCCCUCUGAGAGGUAAAGGAAUUGGAGCAGCCUCACUGGAGGCCCAGGGGAGAAAAAUCUUUAAAGUCCCAUUUGCUGUGUUCUCUACCCAGUUUGAAAUUCUCACAUGUCAUGGAGCUAAUCAAAGAAUGGCCCGAACCAGGCUCAGAUCCCCUGGGUCCAGCUGACUCCUGUGCCAGGGACUGGAGGCUCCUGUCUGUCUUGAAAUUUUAAUGGACCUUUAUAUGGGGAUUGCUAAGAGCUAAACUAACAGAACAAUUUUGUCACCACAGCCACUGGAUGGGACAGCAGGAGAGGCCGCUGACCUGGGGUCCCCUGAUGCAGCUCCCCAGGGUUGGUGCUAUGCACAAAGCAGGGUGUGAUGGGGCCUGUGGUAACAGGGUGGGGGCUUUACCUCCCUACAUGGCCCUCUUCCCCAGUGGCAAUGGUGAUGCUAACAGUUCUACUCAAUGUGCUUGUCUUUGUCUCCAGACGAGCAAGGCCAAAGCCAGCCUAACGCCAUGUCUCUAACACCAUUUCCAGUUUGCACAAGUGUUGAGAAGCGGUGACUCUUUAGACAGAGGGGUUGAGUUCAGGCAGCUGAACUCUGGUGGAAGCAGAGCAGCAGCCAAUUUUCCAUGUGGUUUUGUCAUUUUUGUUUGCGGUGGGGGCGAGAACAGGGUAAUUCAUUAGCAAGACAUUUCAUUGGUACCGGGGUUCGGGUUCAGCCAGGAGUUCAAGUUGUAUGUGGGACAUGAGGAAGGUCCUGUGGGCCACUGGCUGUUAAGUUCUUUUCAUGGCUUACCUCCGGCUAGGGAUGGGGAAGUGGCUUCCCUGCUGCUCCUGCUGCUUCUGUCCAGCUUGCUCCGAGAGGAGCUCUGAAGUGUGGGGAGAGGGUUGCCAGCGUGGUGGCCACUGGUACCACAGAGUGUGAGUCAGCCAUACUCUAGGCUUCAAGGGAGGGAACAGGAAGACCUCACUGCACAAAACUUACUCCGUUCCCAUCAUCCAGGCCAAACUGGGACCUUAUCAGUCUCAGUUUUCUGCCUUGCCCCGUAGGGCUGUCUUAUUUCAUCUACCUUAACACUUCUGGGGCGUUCUGAAAGCCGACUCCAUCAUGACUGGGAGUAUUUAAGUGAGGAAGCCUGUACCCUAAGCCACAGCCAGUCCAUGGGAACCAGCCAGAGCCUGUAGAGUGACACUUUGGAAACUAGAAACCCUGCCUGUUGCUGUUACACUGUGCUAGCCUGCAGUGAUGAAGGAAACCAGGGUCCCGUGCUUUGGAGCUGUUACAUUGGGAUUGAUAAGGGAUAAGUCUUAGGAGUCCUAUGUCAGGUGUCCUGAGGAAGAUCCAGAGGUUGGGCCCUCGGGCUGACUGUGGUAGGCACACAGACCACCUCUAAGGCUUCUGAGUCUGCUUGCAUUGCCUGUGGGUCCCCCAUUGCCAAUUCUGAGUGUCCCAGCCUCCCCCAGGUGCAUCUGUCUGUGCAGCGCUGGCCUCUGUUGGUACCGCUGCACCUCCUUGUCUGUCUACCAUGGUUAGGCCCCUCUGAAACACCUCAAAGGACACUGCGUGGCCGGCCCACAGCUAAGCUCCUGGUUGCCCUGCUUUGGGUCUGGAUGAAGCCCUUUCAUGUAAGAUCUCAAUUGUCACCCCUCCUGGUGGCCCCGGACGAUCCACCGUGGCCACAUCACCCAGAUGCUUCAGGAGUCCGGCUCCCCAGGCUCCCUCACCAGCGGCCAGCAGCCACACUCAGGGACGCAGCAAACACCACUCUGCUUCGCAGCGCUUCAGAGGAAGCGCAGGCUGCAGCAAUGGGGUGGCAGCGGGUCGCAAUCUCCUGCUCUCUGUUAGGAGAGUCUGCCACAAGAUGGGAUGCGGGGAUGCUGACCUCUACCCUGACUUGGCCACAUGGUCAAGUCAGGGUAGGUGGACCCUGGACUGACCUUCUGCAGAGAAAAUGCCCCACCCUACUGCAGCCAGGUGGGGGCCACACGACAGCCUUCUUGAAACAGUGGAUUUUUCAAAUGUGUUUAUAAUGUAUUCUAAUUUAUUUUGUAAGGUCCUGUUUGAAGUGCUGCUGCUACCCCAGUUGCUCUCCCAGUUUUUAUUGCCCAUUUACUUGUGACAGUUGUACACUAAUGUUCUGUUUUAUGUCUGAAUCGAAAGUAUUUAAAGAAAUGCUAGUUCUAUUUAAUGCAGUUGUGGAACCAGCUGGAAACACAAAAACAUUGACUGUAGAGCAGGCUGGACCCGGGAGGUCAGGUUCAUUUUGUUACAUAUGCAAUAAACUCACAACUUUACAUUUUC